AUGAACGAGACAAAUAUCGUCGAGCAGCCGGCGAAGGAAAUGCCUGAGAUGAAGACUGUGGUACUACGAAUGACAAACUUACAUUUGCACGCCAGUGGAGUGUUCAGCAAUGUUUACAGAGGAACACUACUGGAGCCAUCUCCGCAACGCGAAAUAGCCAUCAAAAAGACUUGGCCAGAAAAUCGUGAACGAAAUUUUGAAAUGAUAUUCCUAACUGGUAUUGGUCGAAAAAAGCAUAAAAAUAUUGUGCAAAUGUCAUUUGCAUUCUCCAACAAGGGUGGUAAAAAUCAAAAGAUCUGUGAAUCGUUUGUUUUCGAUUUUCUACCAGAUACACUCGCUUCUAUUAUUAAAAAAGAAAAACUUGACAUAACAGACAUUAAAAUUUAUACUUGGCAAUUAUUUAAUGGACUGCGUUACCUUAGUGCGUACCAAAUAGUUCAUCGCGACAUUAAACCCCUGAAUUUAUUACUAGAUCAUGCAAACGGACUCUUAAAAAUUGGUGAUUUCGGCUCUGCUAAGGUAGUUGCAAAAGUGACCAAGUCAACAGCAUAUCAGGUUACAAGGUUCUACCGACCACCAGAGUUGCUACUAGGCUCAGAAUAUUAUAACUGGACAGUAGAUCUGUGGUCAGCAGCAUGUGUGGUAGGCGAGAUGAUUCGCGGCAAUGUCCUCUUUCCUGGUCGUAACAGAAAACAUCAGCUGAAAUUGAUAUUCCUGUGUAUCGGGAGCCCGACAGAAGAAGACGUGAAACUGAUGCGAGUCCCGACUCGAAUUCUCUUCAACGGCCGAGUAGUUGUUGGCAGCGGCCUGAGCAAUCUCUGUCCAAAUGCUGAUCCACAACUGCUUGCCUUACUCGAGAAAAUCCUCAUUUAUAGGCCAAAAGAUCGUUUGUGGGGCCCCGACUUGCUGAAGAGUCCAGUAUUUGAAUCCAUUCUUCGACCGAAUGCAAAAAGACAGAACGGACAGUUGAUCUCAACAAUUAUCACUGAAGAAGAUGUUAGAGAAAUGUGGGAAGAUCGAGGGAGUAAUUCGAAGGUGAUCGCGUUGACACGUGCCUUGAAGCAACGUCUCGAUUUCGCUUGUGAUGAGAUUCCACAUAAAGCAUCAAAACCGAAGUCUAAAGCAUCUCCCCAGAGUCACGACACCAAGAAACAAAGACAGGAAGCAGUCCAAAAAAAUCAAACAAGUCAAGAUCAAGUAAAUCAAGCAGCUGGUGAACAAACUGGGUUACAGAUAAAAACUGCCGCGAUGAAGACUGAAACUCAAGAAGCACCAGUACGCAUAUAA